UUUGCUUCAGGUGAGGGUUGUGUAGCCCAGCCUUCAAUGUACGCGCUUUUCCUUUUACGACGGGGCGGGAUACGGCUCUGAAAUUUGCUGAGUAUCAACAAUGUUUCUGAAGGGCCAGUUGUGACAUUGGAUUUGCUUCCCUGUGUAGUCAGAUGAUGAUGUAAAGGAAGCAAAGUAUACAUUUACGCUCUCAGCAUUGCUGGUGGCCAUGGCCCAUUCGAAAUCCAAUGGAUCCCAUUAUGCACUUACUGCCAUCGGAGUGGGAAUGCUGGUCCUGGGAGUGGUCAUGGCAGUGUGGAACUUGGUUCCAGGAUCCUCCGCAGGAAACAGCAGUAAGCCAGAAAUCACUACAGAGACAAACUUAAAAAGCAAGUCUUUUACAGUGGCCUAUGUUCUUGUUGGGUCGGGCAUCGCAUUUCUAUUAAUCGCCAUCUGUCUGAGUAUCCGAAAUAAAAGAAAAAGGAGGCAAAGUAUGGAGGAUGCCAGAGUCCCUCAAGAUGAACCUAAUAUUGCCCAAGCUAACAGUGAAAGUCCAGAACUGGACAUUGCCAGGUUUUCUGCUCCCAGCUAUGAAGAGGUGAUGAGGAUGGGAUAUGACACAUCGAACAAUAGGGCACCAGAGGAUCAUGAUGGAAUACCUAUGUCUCUUCCUUCUUAUGAGUCUUUAACAGAACUUGAUGAUUCCACACCGACCAGGCCAAUAGCCGAGCCACCACAAAGGACAAAUUCCCGUUCAGGGAAGGAAAAGAAACCUUUGAACGUCAGGAGAAUAAAAUCGGACAAGCUGCACCUGAAGGAAUUCAGACUAAAUCUGUCGGGCCAUGGGACUCAGACCAACACCACCACCACCACUAUUGAACCUUUGACUCCACCACCGCAGUAUGAGGAGAAGUCUUUAGAUCUGACCAAGCCAGUAUAGAGAGAAAUAUCUAUGCCUGUCUCACGCUACUGGACUUAAUUGAUUUGAAUCUGGGCAGUUUACUCAUUUCUGUGAAAUAUGUAAAUACACUGGCAAAUCGGAAAGCUUGGGUGCAGCCAAGAUAAUUUACGCAAUGUGGCAUAGACCUAGGGCUGUCCUUGGUGUUUGCGAGCCCCAGGCGCAGUGGGAUGUCCCUGGGGCACAGUGACAUGUACAAGGCAGUCCAGCCUGCAGCUGUUAUUAAACAACCUCUGCCAGCAUCUACAACGGGCUGUGGCUUGUAGGUGAAUGCCAGGAAUUUUGUAGCUCAACUUUGAGGCCACUGGUUGGGCAUCAAAGUUUCAAUCAUUCUUUGCAAUCCUACUAAAUGCUUCUGACACCAUUACUGCUGCCUCUGUAGUCUUCCCCUCUAUACAAAUUUUGCUCUGUGGGACCCAGGGCAGCCCCCACAGUGUGCACCUCACUCCCCCGUGGUGUUAAUCAGGGGCUCUUAUAGUGUGACUCCCCAGACAUUAUAUUACUUUAAACUCUGCACUACAUGUGUGAUGAGUCUAGAGCACAGUAUGGAACCAACAGAGCCCAAAUAAAAUUAAGUACCCACACUUAUAUUUCUGCCCUGGGAGCACAGGGUUAGGGUUAUAUGUAUGUAUGAAGUAAAGCAAUAAUUACCAGCUGUGAUAAUGCUAUUUAUUUCCCCUCGUAUGUUGGCAAUAUUAGUCCCCAUGUUUGGAAAUUGCAAUAGUAGUUUCUCACAUCCUUCUGUCUCGGCACUAAGCACACUGCAUCCAAAAUAAUGAUAAAUAAAUGUAUUUAGAUGUUGCCAGCUUUAACUUUUUUUUUAUUAAGCCAAAUUUAUUCAGUUCUCCACUAGAGGGUGCUGGUGCCUUUUGAUGUAUCCUUAGGAUUAAAAUAAAACCAAAGUAGAUAACUAUAAAAGUCCAGUCACACUACAAAUAUAUAUUUUUGAUACAUUCAGCAUUUGGUCAGACCAGUAUUUGUAUACAAAUUGAAAUCUGUCUUUUGAAACAAAAAUAUGUUGUUUGUAAACAAACAUUUGUCAUAUUAAAUAGACACUAUUAUCAAAAUAAA